AUGCAGUGCCUUUCAGCAUUCAACGCCUCAAACAGCUCAGUUUCUUUCACUCCUGAACCCGAAGCAUUACGAAUUACCCGCACGUUCUUGUUCAGUCUGAUAGCAGCUCUCGCCUUGGUUGGAAAUUAUGUGGUGUGUCGAGCUGUCUGGAGAUUUACCGGAGCCAAACCGACUGCACAUUACCUUGUCAGUAAUUUGGCUUUUGCUGAAAUUAUCAAUGUGGUUUGUAUAGUGUUCAUGUUCCACGCAUAUGAACCACCAUGGUCUUGGGAGCUUGGGAGUGCCAUGUGCAAGAUUCUCCCCCCUCUUCAGGUAACAAGUUCUCUGGUUAUCUCAGCAUCCAUUUCCAUUCUUGCUGUCUACCGAUGCGUCUUGCUAAUUAAACCCAUGAUCACCAAGCCAACAACCAGACAAACGUGUCGUGUUAUACUUAUCUGUUGGGCGGGAUCUAUUGGUCUGUCGGUUCCUGCGGGGCAUUUUCGCGUCUUACAAUCAUGGGGCGAAAACUGCGAGUUGCGUUUCUGUGCGGAAGAAUUCCCCCAUGGAUUUGAACACUAUCAGGACAUUUACUCGAUCGUCCUAUUCGUAGUGAACUUUACCUUGGCAUUUGUAAUAAUGGCAAUUUCUUAUUCCCUGGUCUAUAAGAAGAUCAGAGAACACAUCUUUGUCAAAAAACGGCUCCGGGACGAGCAAAACAAGGCUAUGUCAACUGUUACUCAGAAUUCUGUGUGUAAAGAGGAGCCAAAAUCAACGAAAAGAGGCAGUAUGGUUUUUAGCCAAUCAUGUGGCGAAAACCAUGAAGAAAUACAGCUCGAGUAUAGUGCAACCAGCAACAUCAAAGACGACGAGAGAGGACAACAACGGGAAAGCCAUGACAAGUACGUGACCUUGAAAGAAGACACUGACCAAACUGAGAGCUCACCAAACGUUCGGACAGUUACGAAAAACGACAACAGCGCAUUUGAGCUUGAAAACGACCUCCUAAAUUUAAAAAUGAUUUAUGCUUUGGUGCUAGUCUUUGUAAUUUGUUGCGUCCCAUAUCAAGUUUAUUUCCUUCUAAUCGAAUUCCGAGUUGAAGCAUUUAUGGUCUGGCCUCCUCGUCUCAUUCUUAGGAGGCUUAUUUUUAGCCUGGGCUGUCUGCGAAGCGCCCUGCAUCCCGUGUGUUACGGAAUGAUGAGUAAGUUCUAUCGUAAGGCCUUUAUAAGGAUAAUAGCUUGUAGAAAAUACACAACUCAAAAUGCCCAUUAG